AUAUAUAGCGUUGCAGCUGCUUCGUUCUUUGCAGUGCUCUUGUUUGUUUAAGUUCUCUGAGAUAUCUCUUCCUCUAUCGUACCGUUUGGAACUCUCAUUUGCAGUCCUUUCUCUGAAUCGCUAGAGAAGCAGAGAAGACAAUUACUAUGGAAAUAGACAGAUCCCAGCAACUAUCUGUUGAUCCUCUUCCAUUUGCCAGAAGUUAUCAGCUUGAAGCUCUGGAGCUGGCAAUCAAGCAGAACACUAUAGUGUUUUUGGACACUGGCUCUGGCAAGACUCUCAUUGCCAUCAUGCUUCUGCGCAGCUACGCCUAUCUUCUCCGCAAGCCAUCACCUUUCAUUGCAGUCUUCUUAGUUCCGCAAGUUGUCUUGGUCUCUCAACAAGCUGAAGCUGUGAAAAUGCAUACCGACUUGAAUGUGGGUAUGUAUUGUGGAGAUAUGGGAGUUGACUUCUGGGAUGCUGCUACAUGGAAGGAAGAAAUAGGAAAACAUGAGGUGCUUGUGAUGACACCUGCAAUUUUGCUUGCUGGUUUGAGGCAUAGUUUUUUCAAGCUAAGCAUGAUAAAGGUUUUAAUAAUCGAUGAAUGCCACCAUGCCAGGGGUAAACACCCUUAUGCUUGCAUUAUGACGGAGUUCUAUCACCGUCAGCUAAGUUAUGCUAGAUCUGAUCUUCCUAGAAUAUUUGGGAUGACUGCUUCUCCCAUAAAGACAAAGAGUGGAGACUCUGAAAACUCUUGCUGGCAAAAGAUUUCCGAACUUGAGACCAUGAUGAGCUCAAAGGUGUAUACUUGUGCUAGUGAAUCUGUGCUUGCUCAGUUUAUACCAUUUUCGACUCCGAAGUUUAAAUUCUAUAGCCACAAGGAAAUUCCAUGUACCUUAUAUGAUCGAUUAGCUCAUGAUUUGCAGAGUUUGGAAAAAAAGCAUCUACGCUCACUGAAAAUCCUUGGUCUCGGAGAAUCUGCUGCAGAUGCUACUGGCAAAAAGAUAAAAAAGAUUUUUUUAGCUUUAAUAUUCUGUUUGGAUGAGCUUGGUAUUUGGCUGGGUCUAAAGGCUACACAGUCCUUUUCAUGCAAUGAAUCUGACAUAUGUAAUGACACUGACUUAAUUCCAUGGGGAAAACUGGAUGUGCGUAGUCAGGCAAUUGUUAAUAAUUUCAGUUUGGCUGCAUUUGAUGCAUUUGCCUCUUAUGUUCCAUCAGGUCCAGAUUGGUCUAUUGGUGAUAAUGUUGAAGCCAAUGUGGAUGCAGGGCUUGUAACUUCAAAAGUUGCCUGCCUCAUUGAAUCUCUUCUCGAGUACAGGGAUUUAAAGGAUAUUAGAUGUAUAGUCUUUGUGGAAAGGGUCGUUACAGCCGUUGUCUUACAUUAUCUAUUGAACGAGUUGCUUCCGAAAUACAGCAGUUGGAAGUCUAAAUACAUUGCAGGCAAUAACUCUGGGUUGCAAUCCCAGACAAGGAAAAAACAAAAUGAAAUUGUGGAAGAAUUUCGUCAAGGCAUGGUGAACAUCAUUGUUGCAACAUCAAUUCUUGAAGAAGGUUUAGAUGUUCAAAGCUGCAACUUGGUGAUUAGAUUUGACCCAUCUUCCACCGUUUGUAGUUUCAUACAAUCCAGAGGCCGUGCUAGAAUGCAACACUCAGAUUAUAUAUUAAUGAUGAAGAGUGAGGAUUUUGCUACUCGAUCUCGACUAGAGAAAUAUCUUGCUAGUGGAGAUAUUAUGAGAAAGGCAUCCUUACGCCAUGCUUCGCUUCCUUGCUCACCCCUUCAAAGUGAUGUAAAUGAUGAGGAAGUUUAUUAUGUCGAAAGCACUGGAGCGUCUGUGACACUGAAUUCUAGUGUUGGUUUGAUAUACUUCUAUUGCUCACGGCUCCCUUCGGAUUGCUAUUUUAAACCAGCUCCAAGGUGGGAUGAGAAGACUCGCACUCUACAUCUUCCCAAGAGCUGUCCUUUACAGAAAGUUGUUGUAGAAGAAAAUAUCAACUCUAGAAUUAUGAAGCAGAUUGCCUGCCUUGAAGCAUGUAAGAAACUUCAUGAGAUUGGUGCUUUGACAGAUAAUCUUGUUCCAGAUAUUGUUGUGGAAGAAGGCACGGUGCAAGAAUGUGGGAAUAAACAUUAUAUUGAUGAGCAACCCAGUUACUUCCCACCUGAACUGGUCGGUUGUCGUCCAAAGAAUUCUAAAAUAAUGUAUCAUUGCUAUUUAAUUGAGUUGAAGCAGAACUUUGGUUAUGAUGUUCCAGUUCAUGACAUCAUGCUUGUCAUGAGAAGUAAGCUAGAUUCUGAUGUUGGAAGCAUGAAUUUUGACUUGGACGUUGACAGGGGUAGCUUGGCAGUGAACUUUAAAUAUGUAGGAGAGAUUCAUCUUAGCCCAGAUCAUGUCCUUUUGUGUAGAAGGUUUCAGAUAACUCUUUUAAGAGUUCUUAUUGAUCAUAAUUUGAAUAACUUAAAGGAGCUUUUGGAUGGAGAUUGUUCAGGAGAUAAUAUUGAGAUUGACUAUCUUUUGCUUCCAGCCAGUGGCAAAGAUGUGAAAUCUUUGAUUGAUUGGGAAUGUAUUACUUCUGUUGACUUUUCAUGUGAAAAGUUUUGUGAAUAUCACUUGAAUUGUUCUCUGCCCAAGGGUCAUGCUCGUUGUGUACAGACCAAAGAUGGUUCUGUAUGCACAUGCAUGCUUCGGAAUUCUUUGGUCUAUACCCCUCACAAUGGUCAUGUGUACUGCAUAACUGGAAUUUUGGGAUUAAAUGGAAACUCACUUCUGAAGCUCAGAGAUGGCAGAAUGGUUACAUACAAGAAGUACUUUCAAGAGCGGCAUGGCAUCAAGCUGCAUUUUGAUCAAGAAUCAUUGCUUAAUGGGAGACAUCUUUUUCAGUUGCAAAAUUACCUUCAGAGAUGCAGAAAACAGAAAGAGAAAGAAUCAGGUCAUACAACAGUUGAAUUGCCUCCAGAACUUUGCAAAAUAAUCAUGUCACCAAUAUCAAUCACUACAUUUUAUUCGUUCUCAUUUGUUCCUUCGAUCAUGCAUCGGCUUGAGUCUUUGCUCAUGGCUGUCAAUUUAAAAAAGAUGCAUUUGGAUCAUUGCAUGCAAAAUGAAGUUAUUCCAACCAUUAAGGUCUUGGAAGCAAUUACUACUAAGAAAUGCCAAGAGUCAUUCCACUUGGAAUCCUUAGAAACUCUUGGAGAUUCUUUUCUCAAAUAUGCUGCUACUCAACAACUUUUCAAGACAUAUCAAAAUCAACAUGAGGGUGUCCUUAGUGUGAAGAAAGAAAAAAUAAUUUCUAACGCGGCUCUUUGCAAGUUUGGAUGUGACCGCAAACUUCCGGGAUUUAUUCGGAAUGAGUCCUUCGAUCCUAUAAAGUGGAUAAUUCCUGGAGAUAGAUAUCAGACUUAUGCAUUAAGUGAGGAGUUGUUCCUUAGUACGAGAAAAAUCUAUGUUAGGGAAAGUAGAAAGGUGAAAAGUAAAACAGUUGCUGACGUUGUUGAAGCACUAAUUGGUGCAUUUCUUAGCACAGGUGGUGAAACUGCAGCCUUAUUAUUUAUGGAUUGGAUGGGUAUAAAGGUAGACUUCCAUGUUACACCGUAUGAGAGGCACUUCCAAGUUCAUGCAGAGAAGCUUCUAAAUGUCAGACAUUUGGAGUCCUUGUUGAACUACUCAUUCCGUGAUACCUCUCUGUUACUGGAAGCUCUGACCCAUGGUUCUUACAUGCUUCCUGAGAUUCCAAGAUGUUAUCAGCGACUUGAAUUUCUUGGGGACGCGGUGCUAGAUUAUCUUGUGACCAUGCAUUUCUACCAUAAAUAUCCUGGGUUGUCUCCAGAAUUGUUAACUGACAUGAGAUCUGCUUCUACAAAUAAUGAUUGUUAUGCACGAUCUGCAGUUAAGUUUGAACUGCACAAACACAUCCUCCAUGCCUCACAAGAACUCCACAGGCAUGUAGUGGAAACAGUUAACAAUUUUGAUAAGUUAUCCUCAAAAUCAACUUUUGGUUGGGAGUCGGAGACAACUUUCCCCAAGGUACUUGGUGAUGUUAUAGAGUCUUUGGCAGGUGCCAUUCUUGUCGAUUCGGGGUACAAUAAGGAGAUAGUCUUUGAGAGUAUGAGGCCUCUUUUGGAGCCUCUGAUUACUCCUGAAACAGUGACACCUCAUCCUGUAAAGGAGUUAAAUGAGCUAUGCCAAGCAAGGCAUUAUAAUCUGAAAGAACCCACCAAGACCCGCAAUAAGGGUAUGGCUUUAGUCACAAUAGAGGUUGAAGCAAAUGGGAUCUCUUUCAAGCAUACAGCCACGGCUGCUGAUAAAAAGACAGCGAAAAAGAUAGCAUCGAAAGAAGUAUUGAAGUCACUGAAGGAACAAAUUCCUAUGAAAUGAACAAGUCCAGACCAAAGUUUUGAAAGACAAGUGUAUAUUACAGUUAGUGUUGUAAUUUUGAAAUUGUAUUUGUUGCUUUUGCAGCAGGCUCAAGCCUGAGAGCUAUGGGCCUGUUUGUUAAUGCUUUUUAAAAUGUAUUUUUUUACUUUUUGGUUGUGAUGUGAUAUAAAGGUGAAAGUAGUUUUGAGCACUUUUUGUAUCGAGUUGUUUAUUAAUAAAAACCAUUAGCAAACAA